AUGUUUGGGAGGUUGACUCUUCCGCAGCUGCUUUUUGCAAGCGUCCUUGGAAUUGCUGGAGGAAUAUACAUUUAUCAACCAAUAUUUGAACAGUACUCCAGAGAGCAAAAAGAAUUAAAAGAAAAGGUGAAAUGGGCACAAGAAUCACAAGAAAAGAAAAGUUAAUGCUGCACAAAGUUGAAUUGUAACAGUUGGUUAAAUUUCCACUGAAAUCACACAUUAAUUAUAAACUUAUAAGCACAAAUAAAUCAUAAUAACUUAAAAUGA